GGUGAUAUUUGGGUUACACAAAAUUUGGACUGGGUGCGCAAAACUUGGGUUUACUAUGAAAUUUGGAUCUCGCAAACUCGAAGAUAUGUUACAUGAAACUGUGUUGAGGUUACGCGAAAUUUGGAUUGGGUGGAAUUCAGGUUACGCGAACUUGGAUUAUGCUGAAAAAUCAGAAUUGGGCGAAACUCGG